GAUAAUGAGCCUAGAAAGACUCAGUUUUUUUGUUUGUUUGUUUUAGUUUUUUCCCCCCUCUACUAGAACAACUCUGGCUGAGAUGGGCGUGUGUACAUAUAUAAACACUGAAAGAGAAGAGCAGAAAAUGUCUUCUCAAUACAAUUCAAGUAACUUUAAGCCACUAUGUGGUGUGUCUAAUGUGGUAGAUACUCAUAGGCACUGAGGAUACAAUAUAGAAUUACUGCCUUCAAGGAACUUAUAACCCAUUCACAAGCAAGCCUAGGUAUUUCUACUGUCCAUCUUCCUUUACUGGGGUUAUUAUGUUGUUGACUUCGAGAACAAUCACAACCAUAGAGUCAUGGCCCUGAGUAUCUAUCUGUUGCCUUGAGUAUGUUCCUACAGCAUGCAGCACUGGUCCAUUCACCCAGGUGGAGAGGAGGGAUCAACCCAACAAUGUUACCAAGAAAGCAGAAGUCAUCGCUUCACAGAAUGUACAGAUUAUAGUGACACCAGCUCUGUCAAAGAGUCUAGCAUGGCUCAACAACACUCCCAAGGCGUGACGGGUCUUCGUAAUCUGGGCAACACAUGCUACAUGAACGCCAUCUUGCAAUGCCUCUGCAGCAUCACGCCCCUGGUGGAAUACUUCCUUUCUGGAAAGUACAUCACUGCUCUUCAAAAGGACUCUGGUGAAGCGGCCACUGCUUUCGCGUAUCUGAUGACAGACAUGUGGCUCGGAGACUCGGACUGCGUGUCUCCGGAAGUGUUUCGGGCAGCCAUCGGAAAAAUCUACCCCGCGUUCCUGAAGAGGACCCAGCAAGAUGCUCAGGAGUUCCUGAUUUAUGUCCUGAACGAACUUCAUGAGGCUUUGAAGAAGGGGAUUGGAACGGGGAGAGAAUGGAGGCAGAUGGACCAAGGAGGAAUUUUGGCAGAAGUUCAAGUAGGACAUGAAGAGAGCCUGAGCUUGAGAGAUGGCUCAGAUGGAAAGCGGCAGGGAGAGUACCGCCGGAAAAAAACACAGGAGAAUGGACUUAGUACAAAAUGCUACAGGAAGGUGGCUUCCAGCGAGUCCUCGAUCAUCACUCGACUUUUUGAAGGACAGCUUAAUUAUGACAUCGUGUGCUUGAAGUGUGAGAACUGUACCUACAAAAAUGAAGUCUUCACUGUCCUCUCUCUCCCCAUCCCAUCAGAAUGUGAAUGUUCCCUUCAGGAAUGUCUAGGAUGUUUCUUUCAACAAGAUACACUCACCUGGAAUAACCAAAUUCAUUGUGCUUUCUGCGAAUCCAAGCAAGAUGCAGCUGUCAGAGCUAGCAUAGCCAAAGCACCAAAGACAGUUAUUUUUCACUUAAAGAGGUUUGACUGUCAGGGUAGAGUGAAGAGGAAAUUAAGAACAGAUAUCCAUUACCCACUCAACAACUUGGAUCUUUCUCCUUAUAUUUAUCCACUUUUCCGGAAACAUCCUAAAUACAGCCUUUGCGGAGUGGUGAACCACUUUGGUGAUCUAGACGGUGGCCACUACACAGCAUUCUGCAAGAAUACAGUCAACCAGACCUGGUAUAGCUUUGAUGACACCCGAGUUUGUGAGAUUCCAGAUUCUGCAGUUCAGACCGCUGCGGCAUACCUCCUCUUCUACAGCUGUCAGCCCUUUUCUAUACCUACCCCAAAAUGCAAGUGCUAGGAAAAUGAUGUUUUCUGGAAACUGUGAAGCAAGAGAUCACAAAUCACAGUGGUAGCCGUAUGCUUAACAUUAAACCUGUGCAUCUGA